AUGGCCCUCACGUCCAACACCUCUGUAAAACGAGAUUUAACUGAAGAAUUGCGAGGUGAAUUCUACUCGAGUACUUAUCGUAAAGUGUUCGUUCCUGCAAAAAUUCCUCUCUAUUACCGAAAAAGAGUUUGCAACAUUUUGUUCUCCAUCCAGGAAGGAUCCGGAUUCAAAAAGAAAACUUCACGCUUUGAUGUGUCAUUCAAUGGAGGAAUGAAUCAAAAUUAUCCUGUCACUGAAAACAAACAAAUGUCAAGUCGUAAUUUAGAAGAUGCGCAAUGGAUACCUAAAUUUGGACAGAAAUUAAUUAGAUUUCAAAAUAUAUUAAAUUUAGAACAUGGAGCUCAAGUGAAAAUAUUAUUUUUCACACCCAAUGAACAAACCAAUAGUGGAGAAGUGCAGUUGGGAAGAGUUUUGAUUGAUUUGUUUGAUAAAAAUGUAUUUAAUGAAAAUACGUCAAAAACCAAUGGUGACACGAUGGAAACAAGAGCUACCUAUGAUGUAUUGGAUUAUGAAAAUAAGGUAGUUGGAAGAGUGAGCGUGUAUAUUCAGGCAGAAAAUUUAAUCCAAAAGAAGUAA